GUCGCUUUCUCGGCACCGCGACUUGGUCAGCAUCAGUGUUCUCGGGGUUUCGACAGCGUAUAGUGUGUUUGAAACGCUAAGUGCCUUUUUCCAGUUUUCUUCCCUCCUAAGCGAAAAACAAAAACACAAACACCAUGGACGCCAUCAAGAAGAAGAUGCAAGCGAUGAAGCUUGAGAAGGAUAAUGCCAUUGAUAAGGCAGAUACCUGCGAGAAUCAAGCCAAGGAUGCCAACUCCCGCGCCGACAAACUGAAUGAGGAGGUGCGCGACUUGGAGAAGAAAUUUGUGCAGGUUGAGGUCGAUUUGGUCACCGCCAAGGAGCAGCUGGAGAAGGCCAAUACCGAAUUGGAAGAGAAGGAGAAACUGUUGACCUCCACGGAAUCCGAGGUGGCCACCUUGAACCGCAAGGUCCAACAGAUUGAGGAAGAUUUGGAGAAAUCUGAGGAGCGCUCAACCACCGCACAACAGAAGCUGUUGGAGGCCACACAAUCGGCCGAUGAGAACAACCGCAUGUGCAAAGUAUUGGAGAAUCGUUCCCAGCAGGAUGAGGAGCGUAUGGAUCAGUUGACCAACCAACUGAAGGAAGCCCGCAUGCUCGCUGAGGACGCCGAUACCAAGUCCGAUGAAGUGUCCCGCAAGCUGGCCUUCGUUGAAGAUGAGCUGGAAGUGGCUGAGGAUCGUGUCCGCUCCGGUGAAUCCAAGAUCAUGGAGCUGGAGGAAGAACUGAAGGUUGUCGGCAACUCGCUGAAAUCUCUGGAAGUGUCCGAGGAGAAGGCCAACCAGCGCGUUGAGGAAUUCAAGCGCGAGAUGAAGACCUUGUCCAUCAGGUUGAAGGAAGCCGAACAGCGCGCCGAGCAAGCCGAGAAGCAAGUGAAGCGCCUGCAGAAGGAGGUCGACAGGCUAGAAGACGAGCUGGGCAUCAACAAGGACAGAUACAAGUCUCUGGCCGACGAGAUGGACUCCACGUUCGCCGAAUUGGCUGGCUAUUAAGCGGGGCACUGAGCGGAGCCUCUGGACCGGACGAAAGAAGAAGAGGAACUCAACUAAAUGUAAACGAUUAUCAUCUCAAUAUCAUAUUGCAAACCAAAACAAAUACCAAGAACAACAUCCAUUGUGUAUAUCUUUAAACCAAAUAUAUUUCUAAAUAAAUAAAUAACAACAACAAUAAGAUCUAUAGCAGCA